UAAACACUGGUGUAGCUGUUUAGCAUCUGCACUCUGGAAGGCUGAAGCUACUGGCUGUUACAGAAAAGAGUGAAGAUCUUCUACAAGAGCAGUACCAUGAAGCUGUUGACUGUGUCUGCACUUCUUUGUGCGAUGAUGGCUAUGCACACUGUUGCUGCAUGGAGUCACGUGGGUUGUCCUUAUGGUUGGACUCGGUUCUAUCGCCGCUGCUUUCGCUAUAUUCCAAGGCGCAUGAAUUGGGCUGCAGCUGAGAGAAACUGCCUGUCGAUGGGAGCAAACCUUGCAUCUGUGCACAGCAGCAGAGAGUACCAUCUGAUUCAGAGGCUGACUGCCUAUCAUGGCUACAGAGUAACUUGGAUUGGAGGACAUGAUGCACCCAGGGAGGGUAUUUGGUUUUGGAGUGAUGGGAGCCGUUUCAACUACAGACACUGGUGCAGAGGAGAGCCUAAUAAUCAUCACAAUCAGGAUUGUCUGCAGAUAAAUUAUAGCGGUUCCAAGUGUUGGGAUGAUCAGCACUGUCACGUUCAUCUGCCAUCUAUCUGUGUCAGGAAAAUAUAUAGAUGCCGGGGCUGACACUGAAGUAUUAAAUUCCCAUUACAACACAAACACCCUGAUAUAUGAUAGUGUUUGUAUUCUGCUUGCUGUAAUUUCUUUAUUUCAUUUUCCAUCAUUACAUUUUUCCUCUCCCUGUAGCACCGAACCUGAAGAACUAAGUAACAAGUCAACUGUCUCAUGUCUUUAACAAGAGCAGACUGAUUGUGUUACCAAAGGAUUGAUUUUAGCACUUUUGUCUGCAGAGUAAACAUUUUUUUUUCUUUUAUGCAGCAUUAAAGCUUUCAGCCAAGCAUA